AUGCGCCGACCAAUGCGGCUAUCAGUCGCAUCCGCGAUCUUGUUUGCAGCGCUCACCAAGGCCGAACUUGAUUAUGUGACGGAUCUCGAUAUUUACUCUCUUUUGGCGCCAUGUGCUUCCGACGCCAUAUCAUACAACAUCGCGACUCUGACAUACGGCACGGUAUGCGGCGACUCAGAGACGGAGCUGCAGUCGUGUGCCUGCUCCAACACCGAGAGAUUCACCAGCAUCACAUCGUCCAUAUCCCGCGACAUUCGAGCUAGUUGUGGCAGUACGGCGACCGACGACCAACAGAGCGCAUCGAGUGUCAUUGCGAAAUACUGCAACCAAGACUUGACAAUCACGUUUUCAACACCGACGAAGAACCUUGUCCAAGCCUACAUUACCGACCUGAGUCAGAUCAAUUAUCUUCCACAAUGUGCGCAGUCGGCACUGUCAGAAGCUGUUAUGGGGGAUAAUAUAUCCAAGUGCCCCGAGGCCGCCAGUCUCUUUGCGCCCUGUGUUUGCGGCAAGGGUGGAAUUCCCUCGGCCGUCAGUGACGUGAUUAGCAAGUCCGUUCGAUAUUCAUGCUCCAAUGGAGGCGACAUUAGCGCAGCUCAGGACUUCUACAACGAAUAUUGCGCCAUGAACAACGGAACGACGACCUUUACUCAGCCUCCAGGCCCUCCAGGAGACAUGACUUACCACAUCACCGCCUUGUCACAGUUCAAGGCCUUGCAGUCAUGCGCCCAAAGCGGCGUUGCUUCUGCUAUUCUUGAUGCUCUCGCCUCCUGCGUUUGCAUCAAGUCUGGUAUGAGCGAUAGAAUCUUGAGCACCCUCACAUCCAAUGUCAAAUGGAAUUGCGAUAAUACUGCCACUGCGGAUGUCACCUCGGCCAUGGACGUCUUCGCACUCUACUGUAGCGCGGCCGAAAAAGAGGUUGUUUUUACCGUCACCGAUACCGCUACGGAAACGUAUCCUCAUCCUACGAAUCGCAUUAGUUCGUUUCCUUCCAGCCCUUCAGAAACAGGAGCUGGAAGCAGCAGCGGAAGCGGCGGUGGUGGCAAAGGAGGAAGCAAUCCCAGUCAAGGUGGAAAGGAUGGAUCGUCCUCUGACGGCAGUGGAGGCAAUUCAUCGGGUUCAAGCUCCAUCAACAAGACCGCAGUCAUCGCGGCCUGUGUCCUUGGAGGCGUUGUUCUUAUCGCUGCGAUUGCCGCCGUGGCAUAUUUCGUACGCCGGAGACGCAACAAGCAGAUGAAGGGAGAGCAGAUACCGCCAGCAGUAGACGGACCCCAUCUCGAAGGACCACCUGAACUGGAAAACACAUCGAAAGUGGGAGCAAAUGUUGGCGUCGUUCCGGAGCUUCACAGCGUAGAGAGACAGGAGCUUCAGGGACACACCGGCACGCCACUCAGCGAGCUGCCGCCUGGGUACGUCUCUCCGCGGCCAGAACUACAAGGCAGUGGCGAAUAUAAGCCCCCAGUUUCGCCAGAGCACGGAGCAGCGUAUCAGCCGCCGCAUUCACCAUACUAUGGACACCAGCAAGGGGCACAAACCGUCUCCCCUGCAACACCAAAUACAUAUGGAGCAGGGUGGCAAUCCGGACCAGUUGCAGAGACAUAUGAGCUGGACUCGGCCACAUGGAAGUCUUCUUAA